UUAUCUUUGCACAGCAUACCUAGGCCUAGGUUUUUUUCUUUUGUUAAACAUGGAACGGUAGAAACACUGACGAAUGGCAAUCUUAUAAUUGUACAGUUCAUAGUUUUAGUGAUGUGAUCAAAGUUCGAUGCAAAUCUGUUGAAGGCUUUCAAUUUGUGUUGAAAAGGCUUCAAGUGUUUGCGCAAGGAGAGAGAUCAAACAGCAUUUCAAGAGAUGAGUUUACAGUGCAGUAUUUAUUCACAAAAUACAGCAAGCCCUAACACAGCUCAGCGCAGUAAGACGACAUGGCGUUCCCUCUGUUGAUGCAGGACCCACGGACAAACAAGGGACACGCAAAUGAAGUGCUUCCAGAUUUGCAUCCCUUUGAAGUGAAUGAAAUUUCCAACGGAUUCCACAUGUGCGAAAGCUUCAACACCCGCCGGAACCACAGAAUCGCCUGCUCGGUAGAACGGCUGUGGUCUGCCAGUAGAUUCGUGGCCAGACCCUCGGUGGUUUACCAUGAUGGGCGGGGCUACAAUCACGUGCAAAACGCUCGGUACCAGGCAGACCCAUGCAAGUUUAUCCGCAAUGUCUACCCAUGGGAGCCAAAACCUCCGAAGUUUUUCACCCCCUGUCCGGGUCACUACGAUGGACUGAGCAAGCCUCCAGUGCGCAAGUACUUCAAACUCAGACCCAAAAAGGUGGUUGAAAACGCUUCGAUGCCAUCGUACGAGAUUCUUACGCCUAACAACGAGAUGGAAUACUACAAGUGGCAGCCAUGAUUCAUGCUAGACUAUGUAAUGCUCUCAUCAAAAAGAAACAGCGUCCCAGUGAACAUGAGCGUUAUUAUUAUUUU